UGUUGGACAUCACAAACCAAUUGGCCAUCCACCAAGUGACAAUCCAAAAACAAAACCAAAUCCAUCAAGAUGUUCAAAUUCGCUGCUAUCUUCUUCGCUGUUGUGGCUGUGGCUGCUGCCAAGCCCGGAAUUGUGGCUCCUCUGGCCGCCGCUCCUCUGGCUUAUACCGCUCCGGCUGUGGUAGGCAGUGCCGCCUACGUGGCUCCCUACGCCUCCAGCUACUCCGCCCACACGGUGGCCCACAGCGCCGCCUUCCCUGCAGCCUAUACCGCCGCCUACACCGCUCCAGUUGCUGCCGCCUAUACCGCUCCGGUCGCCGCUGCCUAUGCCGCCCCCUACACCCGUUUCGCCACGCCCUUCGCCGCCCCCUACGCUGCCCCCUACGCCGCCGCCUACACCUCUCCCCUGGCCUACAGCUCGCCCUAUGUGGCCCGCCCGUACGUCGCCGCCGCUGCCGCUCCUCUGCUGCUGAAGAAGUAAAUCAACGGAUUGUGAACCCUGCGUAAAAUAUUGCCCUGUGAGCUUGACUCAUGGCCUGGCAUUUAUUUUACAAACACCCCGAAUUGUGAUGCAUUAAAUCUCUAAGAAUAUA